AUGUCUUUUAAGAAAGUGGCCGUUUUUCCUGCCUCUGGCGGUAUCGGAGGCAGCACUGUCAAGCAUCUUCUACCUCGAUUUCCGUCAAAAGAUCUUAUCUUUAUCGCUCGUCAUCCUGAGAGAUUGAGCGACGCUUUAUCUUCCAGUGCGACUGUUCGGCGGGCAGACUAUGACGAUGACAGCAGCCUCUCCAACGCUUUUGAGGGUGUGGAUACUCUUUUCCUGAUCUCAUAUGCUUCGGUUGAGCAUGAACACAGAUCUGAGCGUCAUCGAUUUGCCAUUAACGCGGCAAUUCGUAGCGGAGUGAAGCAUAUCUUCUACGGCUCUCUAGGUUAUGGUGGCAAGCCAGAGAACAAAGAAUCUGUGGCUCAUGUUAUGCAAGCUCAUCUAGAUACGGAGAAGUAUCUAGAGCAGAUGUCUGAGAAGAACCCGGGCUUCGGAUACACGGUGGUCCGAGAGGGCCUGUACACCGAGUCUUACCCACUCUAUACAGCGUUCUUUGACCCGAAGAACCCUGUGGGUGAGAUUAAGAUCCCACACGACGGAUCAGGGCCCGGUAUUGCCUGGGUCAAACGUGAAGAACUGGGCGAGGGCACAGCUGAGCUACUGAAGAGAUUUGUCAACGACCCGAAGGGCUUCCCGUAUCUUCAGCGGACCGUUUUGCUCUCCGGAAGAAGGGUAGUGUCUCUGAAGGAGUCAGUGGAUAUCUUAGGCAAAGUGGCCAACUUGCCUGUCAAGAUCCGCCAGGUAUCUGAAGAUGAAUUCGCUGCACAGCCUCAGGUCAAGCCAAAUCUCAUCUAUCACGGAGUCGAUCACUCCAAGGUGUGGACUACAACCUUUGAAGCCUUCCGUCGAGGAGAGGCAGCAUACGCAUCACCACUCCUUGGAGAGCUAUUGGGGCGUGAACCAGAGGGUUUUGAGACAACAGUGACCAAUUCAUAG